GACUCCGGAAGCCGGCCAAAUUACGAUUCUUGCAGAUAGUCAGUGAGAAAGGGACGCUUCCUCCGCGCUAUUAUAAACCCCAUCCUACAUAAGUACCCACUGCAUCCCACACUGAUUUAGUUUGUACCACUCUCCCGCUGAUUACCUGCUGCUACGAAGAUUACCAUCCCUGCUGCAAUGACUGCGAAGAGACUAUCUCGAUUUUUUCCCUGGAUCUCUCCAUCGUCGUUCAAGGCGACCGGUAACGAAAGUUCGGUUGAGUCGGCGCCACCAUUAAGAGCGCUAGCUGCUGUUGUGGAUGCUACUCCGAGUGCUAAAACAUGGAAGGAUCUCCCAAACUUCGACGACUUGCCUAUGUUCAAGAACAUGAAAGGAUGCGCUUGGGAGGUAUGGGGAAAGGACGACCAACUUGGAACCAUCAAUCUAUUGACGGACGAAGUGGUGAAGAAGGCAGCGGCUGAAGAAAUAAUUACAGGUACAACUGUUUCGUUGAACUGGCCACUUCAAUUUCCGUCGAAGCCACUUUUUGGGCGUAAGAGUCCUGAAGUAAAUAUGAUACUCAAGUCACCCCGAGUAGUUCGGGAUGAUGAAAUACACAUAAACACGCAAUCGGGAACGCAAUGGGAUGGACUACGGCACUUUGGACUCCAAGAGCACGGAGUGUUUUACAACAAUACUCCUCAGGAUGCAAUGGAAUCCGGAAUAGUACCAAUCCACGAUCCACUCGCUAUCGAUCCGGCCUUGGCCCACAUUGGGAUUCAAAACUGGGCCAAUCAUGGAAUAUGCGGAAGAGGUGUUCUUCUCGAUAUAGUCAGAUACUACAGCGGAGAGUUGGAUGGCACCGGGUCUCCUGGUCUCACCGAAUUACCCUACGAUCCUUGGACGACGCAUGGAUUGACUGUGGCAGAGCUCGAAGCCUGUGCGGAGAAACAGGGUGUCAAAUUUCGUCAAGGCGAUAUAUUAAUAUUACGUGUGGGCUUCAUACGCAAAUAUCAAAAUGCUACACAGGAAGCGAGAGAUGCACUGGCGGCAAGGCCAGAGACGUUUGCGGGUAUCGAACAAUCUGAAGACAUGAAGCGAUUCCUCUGGAAUAAUCAUUUCGCAGCAAUAGCUUCAGAUCAACCCGCUCUCGAGAGAUGGCCAACAGGGGAAGGUACUCCACAUAUGCACCAGACUCUUUUAGGCCUUUGGGGGAUGCCUAUAGGUGAAAUGUUCGACGUUGAACAACUGUCCCAAGUAUGUGCAAAGAUGGGACGAUACACAUUUUUCUUCUCGUCUUGGCCACUUGCUAUAAUUGGUGGGUGUGCAAGUCCCCCGAAUGCUGCAGCUUACUUCUAAGAGUUUGGGAAAAUGCAAUCGAUGUGUACUACCUACUACCUGAGAGGCUGCAACUGUAUUUGUAUUUGUAUCUGUCGUCAUAUGAAGAGUUUCUUAGCCUUGGCUAUUGAUCGCUCA